GUCACAUGUCUCCCAGCCUUUAAACACUUACUCCUUUAGGCCUUUCACUAAAUUAAUUUCAAAAUUCACCGGGUAUUUUAAAAGAUCCUUGAAGAACAUGAACCAAUGUCGGCUGAGAGCUCUAGUGCGAAUAAGGAGGAACCUGGCGCUGGCUAUUCUGGGCACUAACCAACGCACCCUUGACAGGCUUGCCCUGCGCACCUUACAAACUAGCUCCCAGCUGGGCGGUGCCCAUGAUCUGGACUCCUUCGCCAGCGGCUGCAAUGCUACCUACAUCGAGGGCCUUUAUAACAAAUGGAAGCUCAAUCCCAAGUCUGUGGAUGAGUCCUGGGACGAGCUCUUUAGCAACAACGAAAUCCCUGGAUCCAAAAGCCAACCUUUUCUGGCUUCGCAUUUCCGUAAGUAUAGGCGUACUCCAGUUGAAAGGACAGCUGUAAAAGCUCGAUUGGGCGAAAGGACGGUAUCUGGCGCCCCAGCUCCGUCGGCACCACCUAGCGACUGGAAGAAUAUCGAUGACCACCACGUAAUCCAGGCCAUCAUUCGGGCCUAUCAAACUAGGGGUCAUUUGGCAGCCGAUCUGGAUCCUUUAGGAAUUAUCGGGCAGGAAACUCACGUGUCUGUAGAUGGAACUCAACGUUAUGCUGCAAGGGAGGUACUCAGGCAGCACUACUCCUAUAUAUUUGGGGAUCUUAAUGCCAUGUUUAAGUUGCCCUCUUCCACGAAGAUAGGCGGAGAUGAGCAGUUUUUGACAUUAAAAGAAAUCCUAGAUCGCUUGGACCGCAUCUAUUGCGGCCACAUUGGAGUGGAGUAUAUGCAGAUCACGUCGUUUAGGAAAACUAACUGGAUUCGCGACCGUUUUGAGAAACCUGGAGGCUUAGACUUGACAAAGGAUGAAAAGAAGCUCAUCCUGGAGCGUUUGACUCGCUCGACGGGGUUCGAGAAUUUCUUGGCCAAAAAGUUUUCAUCUGAAAAGCGCUUCGGUCUGGAGGGUUGCGACACCAUGAUACCCACUAUAAAGGAGGUUGUAGACCAGGCUACGAACCAAGGCGUGGAGUCCAUCUUAAUAGGAAUGGCCCAUCGUGGACGCCUUAAUGUUCUGGCCAACAUUUGCCGAAAACCCAUUUCCGACAUUCUGUCCCAGUUUCAUGGCCUGAUGGCCCAAGAUUCUGGAUCUGGGGAUGUUAAGUACCAUCUGGGUGUAUUCCAGGAACGACUUAACCGGCAUUCGAACCGCAUGGUGCGCAUCACUGUAGUGGCGAAUCCGUCCCAUUUGGAACACGUUAAUCCAGUGCUGCUGGGCAAGGCUCGGGCGGAGAUGUUCCAGCGAGGCGAUUCCACCGGCUCAAAAGUGCUACCGAUCAUUAUCCACGGAGAUGCCUCAUUCAGUGGCCAGGGAGUGGUCUAUGAGUCGAUGCAUCUGUCGGAUCUACCCAACUACACAACCUUCGGCACCAUUCACAUCGUGAGCAACAACCAAGUGGGCUUCACCACUGAUCCCCGAUUUUCACGAUCUUCGCGAUACUGUACGGACGUGGCCAAGGUGGUGUCUGCUCCGAUUUUCCACGUUAACGCCGAUGAUCCAGAGGCUUGCAUCAAGUGUGCCCGCGUUGCUGCCGAUUACCGUAAUACGUUCAAAAAGGAUGUGGUCAUCGACAUUGUUGGCUAUCGCCGCAACGGUCACAACGAGGCAGACGAGCCCAUGUUUACCCAGCCACUGAUGUACCAGCGCAUCCGGAAGCUAAAACCUUGCCUUCAGCUUUACGCCGAAAAACUUAUUAAAGAGGGCGUGGUUACGGACAGUGAGUUCAAGGGAAUGAUUUCUAAAUACGAAAAGAUCUGCGAGGACGCCUGGGCCGAGUCUAAGGAAAUCAAGACCAUAAAGUACUCAUCCUGGAUCGACUCUCCCUGGCCGGGCUUCUUUGAAGGCCGCGAUCGCCUGGAGUUGUGUCCUACCGGUGUUAGCACGGAUACCCUGAAGACGAUUGGCAAUAUAUUCUCAAGCCCUCCACCGCCGGAACACAACUUUGAAAUGCACAAGGGCAUCCACCGCAUUCUGGGCCUGCGCAAGCAGAUGGUGCAGGACAAAGUGGCAGACUGGUCGCUGGGCGAGGCCUUUGCGUUUGGUUCACUCCUCAAGGAGGGCAUCCAUGUUCGUUUAUCGGGCCAGGAUGUGGAACGUGGUACCUUCUCGCACCGACACCACGUCCUGCACCACCAAUCGGCCGACAAGGUGGUGUACAACGCACUGAACCAUCUUUAUCCAGACCAGGCACCCUACUCCGUCUCUAACAGCUCAUUGUCAGAAUGCGCUGUUCUUGGAUUCGAGCAUGGCUAUUCCAUGGCCAGUCCCCAUGCCCUGGUUAUAUGGGAAAGCCAAUUCGGAGACUUCUGCAACACGGCUCAGUGCAUCAUCGACACUUUUAUAGCCAGCGGAGAGACCAAGUGGGUGCGUCAAUCCGGAGUUGUGCUUCUCCUGCCACAUAGCAUGGAGGGCAUGGGCCCGGAACACUCUUCCGGUCGCAUGGAACGCUUUCUGCAGAUGAGCGAUGACGAUCCGGACGUCUAUCCAGACACCUGUGAUGCCGACUUCGUAGCUCGUCAGCUUAUGAACGUCAACUGGAUCGUGACCAAUUUUUCCACCCCGGCCAAUCUCUUUCACGGUCUGCGGCGGCAGGUUAAAAUGGGCUUCCGUAAGCCGCUAAUUAACUUCUCUCCCAAGUCCCUGCUCCGCCAUCCGCUGGCUCGAAGUCCCUUCAAGGAUUUCAACGAGUGUAGUUGCUUUCAGCGAAUUAUUCCUGACAACGGCCCCGCCGGAAAGCAGCCGGAAUGCGUCAAAAAGUUGGUAUUCUGCUCCGGAAAGAUCUACUACGAUCUCGUUAAGGAGCGCGAUGAUCAUGAGCAGGUGGAAACUGUUGCCCUGGUUAGGGUUGAACAGCUUUGCCCCUUCCCCUACGAUCUGAUCACCACGCAGCUGGAACUGUAUCCCAAGGCGGAGUUGCUAUGGGCCCAGGAGGAGCACAAGAACAUGGGUGGAUGGUUCUAUGUGCAGCCGCGAUUCGAUACCGCGCUACUCAAGAACGAAAACGAAACCCGUUGCGUGUCCUAUCACGGGCGACCGCCGAGCGCCUCGCCAGCCACGGGCAACAAGGUGCAGCACUACAACGAGUACAAGGCCUACAUAAAGAGCAUUUUCGGAGAGCUGACCCCGGAGAACAAAAAACGCCUUGAGGAAAAAGUUAAGAAGCAGCAGGAAAAAGCCAAGUCGGCACCAAGUAGUAAAGCAAGUUCUCCAGCUAAGAGCGCGUCAUCGCCACCAGGUAAGGGCGAUACAUCAGGAAAAAAAAGAUCUAGCUCGGCUCCAGCUGCAUAUAUAGCUCCUACAGGUCCAGCCCCUCGAAAACCACUAAUUUCUAUGCCGAGUAGGCCUCCGAGAGUAGUAGACUCAGGUAAAAAAAGAUCGGGUUCGUCUCGCGAUCCAGAUACUGCACCUGAAACAACAUCAGCUGUUCGAAGUCCGUCGUCGUCUGACAGGAAUAGGUCAGGCUCGGCUCCAGCUUCCGGUCAGGCUUCUAGAACUUUAGCUGCUCGGAGUCCAUCAAAGACUGCGUCCUCUAAACCGCUUUUCAUGAAACGUAAGCCUGCGCAAGAUUCCGACAGUAAGAGUAAAACUCUGAAGAGUCCCAAGGAGACGGAAUAUGAUCCAACAACACCGUAUCCCUAGCCAAAUUUUUCGUAUGCAUUAACCCUUUAUAAUUCCACCCAAUAAACGCUUAGAAAAACUUA